CAGUGAGCUGGUCUUAACUGCUACUUGGAACCCUCUUUUCACUUUUGUGAUUAUAGCCGUAUUUGUCUCUCCCUCCCCAUCUCGGAUAACCAAAUGUUAAAGAGGCGGGCUGGCCUUCUACAGGAGAGGGAAUUUUGGCAGUUGCAAUUUUUGUCAUCUCCUGCCUUACAGUAGUUGCCUCACGUCUCUCUUCUGCAUGCCUGUUCGAGGAAAGCAUCCACCAUGAAUUUUGAAGGGCUCGAUCCAGCCCUUGCAGAGUAUGUACCUGCCUUGCAUCCUGCCCUGGAUCCCCACCUCAACCCUAGCCUGCUACAGAAUGUGGAGUUGGAUCCAGAGGGUGUGCCAUUAGAGGGCAUCCCUGUGCCUGAUUCAGUGCACAUCAUGGAAGGCAUGUACUCCGAACUCCACACUGUUGUUUCUGAAGUGGGUGUGCCUGUCUCCUUCUCACACUUUGACCUACAUGAAGAAAUGCUCUGGGUUGGAAACCAUGGGGGUCAUGCAACAUCUUUCUUUGGCCCAGCUCUGGAAAGAUACUCCUCUUUCCAGGUGCACAGCAGUGAUGACAUCCGACAAAUCCAAAGCCUGGAAAAUGGGGUGCUCUUCUUGACCAAAACCAACCUCAAAUACAUGUCCCGAGGCGGGCUCAUAAUCUUUGAUUACCUCAUGGAUGAGAGCGAGGACAUGCACAGCCUUCUGCUGACUGAUCCCAGCACCUUGCUUGUUGGAGGACUCACCAGCCACGUGUUAGAGAUAGACCUCAGCACAGUGCAAGAAACUCAAAAAUACACAGUGGAAGUGCCUGGAGUCACUAUCAUGCGACAGUCAAAUCGUUUCUUCUUCUGUGGCCACACAUCAGGAAAGGUGUCCUUGCGUGACCUCCGCACUUUUGCUGUAGAGCAUGAGUUUGAUGCCUACUCAGGUAGUCUGUCAGAUUUUGAUGUCCAUGGCAACCUUCUGGUCACAUGUGGCUUCUCCAGCCGGAUGAAUGGUCUGGCUUGUGAUCGUUUCCUCAAGGUAUAUGACCUGCGCAUGCUGCGAGCCAUAACACCUCUGCAGGUUCACAUUGAUCCUCUUUUUCUGAAGUUCAUUCCUACUUACACAUCUCGUCUGGCCAUCAUUUCCCAGACAGGUCAGUGUCAGUUCUGUGAACCGACUGGAUUAGCCAACCCUGCUGACAUUUUCCAUGUCAAUACAGUGGGCCAACUGAUCAUGAGCUUUGAUGUGUCUGCGAGCAAACAAGCCAUGGUCUUUGGGGACUCAGAGGGCUGUGUCCACCUGUGGGCUGAUUCACCUGAGAUCACCUUCAAUGCCUACUCCCGGGAGACUGACUUUGCCUUGCCUUGUAUUGUGGAUAACUUGCCCCACCUUGACUGGAAUCAAGAUCUCAUGCCUUUGUCACUUAUUCCUGUGCCUCUGACCACUGAGUCAUUGUUGUCAGACUGGCCAGCUGCCAACUCUGUCCCUGCACCCAGACGAGCCCCACCUGUUGAUCCAGAGAUCCUUCGUACCAUGAAGAAAGUUGGCUUCAUAGGAUAUGCUCCAAAUCCCAGAACCAAGCUCCGGAAUCAGAUUCCCUAUCGCCUGAAAGAGCUUGACAGUGAGUUUGACAAUUUCAACCAGGUUCCUGAGUCCCCCAUUGGGCGGGAAGAGGAGCCACAUAUCUACAUGGUGGCAAAGAAAUACAGGAAGGUAACAAUUAAAUAUUCUAAACUGGGCCUGGAGGACUUUGACUUCAAACAUUACAACAAGACUCUUUUUGCUGGCCUGGAACCCCACAUUCCAAAUGCUUACUGCAACUGCAUGAUCCAGGUCCUUUAUUUCUUAGAGCCAGUGCGUUGCUUGGUCCAGAAUCAUUUGUGCCAGAAAGAGUUUUGUCUCAGCUGUGAACUGGGCUUCUUAUUCCACAUGCUGGACUUGUCCAGGGGUGAUCCUUGUCAGGGCAGUAACUUUCUGCGUGCUUUUCGCACCAUUCCAGAAGCAGCUGCCUUGGGACUGAUCUUGGCUGAUUCCGAUGAGGCUACAGGGAAAGUGAAUUUAGGCCGUUUGAUUCAGAGUUGGAACCGUUUCAUUUUGACCCAGCUCCAUCAGGAAACUCAAGAACAAGAGGGCCCUCAGGCAUACCGGGGCAUUGGCAGCAGCAACUUUGGAUCUUCAGGGGAUUCGGUCAUUGGGCAGCUUUUUAGCUGUGAAGUGGAGAAUUGCAGCAUGUGUCGCUGUGGCAAGGAGACAGUUCGAGUAUCUUCCACACUCCUUUUUACUCUGUCCUACCCUGAGAAUCAUGAUAAAAUCAAGGAUUAUGAGUUUGCUCAGAUCUUAAAGAGAAGCAUCUGUCUGGAGCAGAACACCCAGGCCUGGUGUGAGAACUGUGAGAAAUACCAGCCCACAGUUCAGACCCGCAAUAUCCGCUGCCUGCCUGAUGUUCUGGUCAUUAACUGUGAAGUGAACAGCUCUAAGGAGGCCGAAUUCUGGAAGAUGCAAGCAGAGUAUGCCUUCAAGAAACUGAUGAUGACAAAGGGUGGCUUGGAGCUGCCCAAGGGCAGAGAAAUACCUAUUGGGGAAUGGAAUGAAUUUGGGAUAGCAGAAGGGGGGCACUCUUAUACUUCCAUUGAAGAGCUGAAAAACAUCUGGAUUCCUUAUUCCAUCAAGAUGAAGCUCUCCAAGAACAAGGAGCUGGAGGUUUACAAUUGGGAUGAAAAUACUGAACUAAGGGGUUUGGAGGAUCAGGAGUCAACAUACAUCUAUGACCUUAUGGCAACUGUUGUGCACAUUCUGGAUUCCCGGACUGGGGGCAGCCUGGUGGGACACAUCAAAGUGGGGGAGACUUACCACCAAAGGAAAGAGGGUGUCACACAUCAGCAGUGGUACCUUUUUAAUGAUUUUCUCAUUGAGCCUGUGGAUAAGUGUGAGGCUGUUCAGUUUGAUAUGAGCUGGAAGGUGCCCGCUAUCCUUUAUUAUGUGCGGAGGAACCUCCAUUCCAAGUACAACUUAACCAUUAAGAACCCUAUAGAAGCCAGUGUGUUGCUCGCUGAGGCCUCUCUCGCCCGUAAGCAGCGCAAAUGUCAUGCCACUUUCAUCCCACUGAUGCUGAGUGAGAUGCCUCAGGUUGGAGACCUGGUGGGACUGGAUGCUGAGUUUGUCACUCUCAAUGAGGAGGAGGCAGAGCUGCGCAGUGAUGGAACAAAAUCCACCAUCAAGCCCAGUCAGAUGUCAGUGGCCAGGAUCACUUGUGUUAGGGGCCAGGGUCCCAAUGAAGGUGUUCCUUUCAUCGAUGAUUACAUUUCCACACAAGAACAGGUGGUAGAUUACCUCACUCAGUACUCGGGAAUAAAGCCAGGUGAUCUGGAUGCCAAAAUCUCUUCCAAACACCUCACCACCCUCAAGUCCACCUACCUGAAGCUACGCUUCCUCAUUGAUGUGGGGGUCAAAUUUGUGGGCCAUGGACUGCAAAAAGACUUCAGGGUCAUCAACAUCAUGGUUCCUCGGGACCAAGUCAUUGACACAGUAUACCUGUUCCACAUGCCCAGGAAGAGGAUGAUCUCACUGCGCUUCCUUGCCUGGUAUUUUCUAGACCUGAAGAUCCAGGGAGAGACACACGACAGCAUUGAAGAUGCACGAACAGCCCUCCAGCUGUACAGGAAGUACAUGGAGCUGAACCAUGGCGGCUUGGAGCCCGAGGAAUUCCGCAAGGUGCUGAAGGGCCUGUAUGAGAAAGGGAGGAAGAUGGACUGGAAGGUGCCUGAACCUGAUGGCCAGAGUAGCCCCAAGAGUGCUGCUGUGUUCUCCUCUGUGCUGUCACUCUGACCCGGGAAGCCUCAUCGCAUCUGAUGGCUCUUCUGUGUUCUCUUCAGAAGAGGACUAUCUCAAACUGUCUCACAGAGAGGUGGAUAUGAUAGAAAAUGGAUUAAAAUAUGUAUGUCUGUGAGGAGGGAAGACACUCCGUACGUUUCUGAGAGGUCAAGAAACUCCUGCUGGGGUAUUUCUGUCCCCUUUUCUUGGGACAUCUCAUGGAUCCUGGACCAAGUUUUGAAUUACCAGGGUAAGGGAGCGCAUGAGGUGAUACCAUUGCAGGCUGCACAAGGGCACUGUACACGGAAAGAGCUGCUCCCUGGGUUUGUUUGGAUGCUGCCCAUGUGCACACCAAGGAGUGUUUCAGACUCUGCCGUGCACGCUGCAGAGACAGGCUGUUCUAUGGGGCAGGGGGUGUAUGCAGCAGGUCUGUGAAGUGCUCAGAGAUCUGUCCGUGCCCAUCUGUGUGGUCAGCAUAGCUAGCCAGUUGAGGUUGCAAGAGGCACCUGUUUUAACUUUUGGCUGGCCUUUGCUCCUGAAAUGACUUAGAGCUGGACUCUACUGCCAUGGAAGUUUCAUGGCAUUUUAACUCUCUCCUUUUCUGUAUGUGAAUUGUGGUGCAGCAAUCUCUGAAAUGUAAUCAAGCUGUAAAAACAUUGUCAGUGGCUUCAGAUGA